CUAAUUAAAUUCUUAAAUGCAAAAACUCCAACACCCACUGUCGUAAACAAAGUAUAAAUUGAGGGGUUAACAGAAUACAAGGAGCCCCCCGCAGCUACACAACACAAUGGCACAGCUAAAGAAACUCUAUAUGGGAGUUAAAUUGGAGGACCUAGAGAAAAUGACAAAAAUACAAGACGUGCGCAAAACGAGCAUGAAACUGUUACUCAAUGGAGCGCACAAGCUGUACGUGAUUGCUGAAGACCAUCGUCUAAGUGGAGACCAGGAGCUGGCUUAUAUUAACUAUGUGAAGUACUUCAAUUUGCUGUCUGCGAUACACCAUAAAUCGGACUACAAUGAACACAAGUUGAUGGUGCGGCAAGUGCUGGGUGACACAGAGAAAAACCGACGCAUAAUGGACACACUGGAGCUGCUAACUGAUGCGCUAAGCAAGCGCUAUAAGCAACUAGUGCCAACAAUCUCAGACGAUACUGGCCUAAAUGUGGGCUCUAUUAGUCUGCUGCCACCGGAACCAAUUGGUCAGCAAAGUGUUAAUGUGCCGCCAGACGUUGAAUACGAACAGUUGAGCAUUAUCAGCUGCGAGGCGCUGUUUCAACGCAUGGCAAAGCAAUCCGUGCUGGUCAUGGACUGUCGCCACAGCGCCGACUACGAGCAGUCCCAUUUGAACUACAGUUAUGCAUUUAAUGUGCCCGAGGAGCUCAUAGCACCAGGCAUGUCGGCGGGCAAAUUGCAGGCACGCUUGAGCAGCAGCGCCAAGGCUUCGUGGGCUGCACGUUCUGUUAAGGAUUCUGUAGUGCUAAUGGACUGGUACAGCAAGGAUGCGCAUCCUGCGGACAAUACGCCUAUUGCUAGAUUGUUGAAUAUAUUGAAAAAUUAUGAUCCGGAUGUGACCUAUCGCAUGCCCAUACAAAUAUUAGAUGGCGGCUAUGAAUACUUUUUAAUGAUGUAUCCCACACACUGCAGCAAUCCCAGCGUGCAGGCGCCUUAUAAGAACAACAACAACAACGAUAUUGACAGCAUUGAUGACAUUGAAUAUCCGUCAAUUAAUGACAUUACCAUGAAGGAAGAUAUUAUAAACGCGCGUGAUUUCGUACAGCGUCCAAGCAUUAAUCGCGCUAGCAAACAAGCAGCGCUGCGAAUUUACGAUCAAAGCGCGCAGCAGCAGCAACAACAGCCGGGACAACAAAUUGAUGAAAUUAUGCGGGUUCAAGCUGAGCUGCUGCAGGCAGCUAAGCAAAACGACGAGCUGCUAGAUAAGGAAGCACUCAAAUGGCAGAAUAUGCAGGAUCUAAAGCGGCUGCAUGCUGAGGGUGCAACGCUAAACAGCUCGGAACAGAAUGUGGUGUUUAAUAUAUUGCAGCUCGAAUCUAAAGCUGAGGAUUAUAAAAUUGAGAAUAUACACCUGCGUGAUGAGCUUGAUCGUUUCAAGGAGCAGCUGCAGCAACAGCAACUGCAGGCUAAUGCCGAAGUCACCAGACUUAUAGAGUCCAAAAUACUUGAGCGCCAGCGACUGGAUGCAGUAAAUGAACGCAAUCGUCUAGAGCGUGCGCGUCUUAUGGCCAUUGCGCGUGAAGCCAAGAGACAUUAUAAGCCGCCAGUUGGUGGCGAUGGCGAUGGCUUGAACAUAGAAUCUCCAACUGAAGAGCCACGUCCCAGCUAUGAUCGUGCCACAAAGCCACUGAGCCCAGCAGCAGCGGCACAGGCAACGGCAACGGCCAAACCACGCGUGCGUGAUUUUUCACCCGUUGUGGGCCAUGAUGUGGGACGUGGCCUAACUGGACUAAAGAAUCUGGGCAAUACUUGUUAUAUGAACAGCAUUAUACAGUGUCUUAGCAACACCGCCCAGCUGGCGGACUAUUGUAUUUCGGAUAAGUAUAAAAAACAAAUUAGUCGCAAUAACAAAACAAAUGGUGAGGUUAUUGAGGAGGUAGCGGCGCUUAUCAAGGAGCUAUGGAAUGGCCAAUACAAGUGUGUGGCUAGUCGCGAUUUACGCUAUGUUGUCGGACAAUAUCAGAAAAUAUUCCGUGGCGUUGAUCAACAGGAUUCGCAUGAGUUUCUUACCAUACUCAUGGAUUGGCUGCACUCCGAUUUGCAGACGUUGCAGGGCAAGCUUGAGGCCGAGCACAGUGCAUCGCGUAAGGCUUGGGUUGAGUUCACCAAGUCGAAGGAGAGUGUUAUAUUGCAUUUAUUUUAUGGCCAAAUGAAGAGCACCGUCAAGUGCAUUACCUGCAACAAGGAGUCGGCAACAUAUGAGUGUUUCUCAAAUCUUAGCCUGGAGCUGCCGCAAAACGCAAAUCUAUGUUAUCUAAAUCAAUGCCUGGACAUGUAUUUUAGCGGUGAGAAAAUCCACGGCUGGAAUUGUCCGAAUUGCAAAACCAAACGUGAUGCCAUCAAAAAGUUGGACAUUUCCAAAUUGCCCCCAGUGCUGGUCAUACAUCUAAAGCGCUUCUAUGCUGAUCCUAGCAAUGCUGGUGCGUACGUUAAGAAGCAAAAUUAUUUGCAAUUUCCUUUGGAGAAUCUGGAAAUGAAACCCUAUACAGCCAAAGCAGAAUCACGUGCCAGCACGCCUAAGACUUAUCAACUGUAUGCGGUAUCUAAUCAUUAUGGCACCAUGGAGGGCGGACAUUAUACGGCAUUCUGCAAGAGCGCCAACUAUGGACGUUGGUUUAAAUUUGACGAUCAGAUUGUUUCUCACUUGGACACUUCAAAUGUUGUUUCGAGCGCGGCCUACAUACUAUUUUAUACCUGGUUACCCCCUGGACCAUUAACACUAUCAUAGUUGCAAUUGAAACUAAUUCUAUGUUUGACCUUUCAACUGUUAAAUUUGCUUUGCACGCAUCCUUUGUUUUUCUUAUUUACAGCUAUUAGGAUCUAGUCGAUUCACCAAUUAAUGUAAACUUUUGCCUUUUCAUUUUAUGCUUGUUGGUUGUUGUUUAAGAUUUGACGUGUACUACGUAUGUUUAUUUUAACGAAGACAUUGCCACAUUAUCAGCUAAUUUUUUAAAUGAUUAUUAAAUUGAAGCUUUUUGCGGUAUUUAUAUAAAUAUUGGACUCGUCCAGAACUUAAGUGCAUUACCAGUAUAACAAGAGAGCGAUAGAAAUAGAGUUUAUUGUAUUUUACACUUAUUA